CUUUUUUUUGGCUAGCAGGAGGGCGGGUCGUCGUGCAUCUAAUUUUUUUCACGUCUGGAGCUCUGACGCAGCUCUCCCCCCCCCCUCUCUAUACGCAGAAGAGAAGAAACGCCAUGGAGGUAGUUCCCCGUUUCUGAUUCGUUGCGUUUCCGCUUCUUGCUUUGUUUUUUGCUCUCUUGUUGUGUGUUGGUUUGUUUGUUCGUGUGAUGUCUACGUUUAAGCCGAAAUGGAUCUACGGAGUGGAGGGGAUUGGUUGAUUUUUGGGGUUCUGGGUUGGUGACGCUCGAAGCUCUUUAGCUUUCGUUAUUUGUCACGUUGGUGGGGGAGAUCGAGGUUGGGAAGAGAUCGAAUAUGCCGGCCGCUUGGCGGAGAAGUGCGUAAUUCCUCUGGUGUUGAGAUGGAGUCUACUCAACCGGAUCAAGAUAAUUGUCUCGUUAAAGAAACUGAUGUUGAACAGUUAGUAUGUGCUGCUGGCUCUCUGAACAUAUGUGGUGUAUCUGGAUAUCCAAGCCUAAGUCCUAGAAUUGGCGACGACUAUCAAGUGAAAAUCCCUCCAUUGGAAUCACAGUCAGAAGCCAUAUCAGAUGCUUCACUUCGUUUUCUAGGUCUCCCCAUCUCAAUCAUGCUAAUUCAUGAUAAAAUAGAUAGCAGGGCCGAGAAGGAGUUGAGACUACUGGGCGAUUGUGGCAAUGCAAAGACGUCCACCAAGUCCGGAAAAAGCAAGAAGCAUAAUAAUGCAACUGAGAAAACCGGUUCCAAGCUGAAGGAUGAGCCACUGGAUGAUGAUAGAUCAGUACAUUUUGAGAAGAAGCGGAAGGCACUCGAUAAGGCUGGUUCAAAACUGAAGGAUGAACCACUUGAUGAUGAAUCAAUACAUUGUGAGAAAAAGCAUAAAACAAGUGAGAAAGUUGGUUCGAUGAUAAAGGAUGACCUGCUUGAUAAUGGACCAUCAGUCCCCUGUGAGAAGAAGCAUAAUGCAAUCAAGAAUGUUGGUUCCGAACAGAAGGAUGUACAGAUUAAUGAUGCAUCAUCAGCCCAUUUUGAGAAGAAGCAUAAUUCAAUCGAGAAGGUUGGUUCAAAGCUGGAGGAUGAAUCACUCGAUGAAAGAUCAGUUAAACCACAGAAGGGAAACUCUGAAUGCGGAAGCAAAACAUAUUCAUUUGUCCCUGGAUCACUGGGAAGCUGUUGGAAUGGAGAUGAAGUGGAGAGUUUUAUCCUUGGUUUGUACAUUUUUGGUAAGAGUUUUGUUCCUAUAAAGAAAUUUGUUGACACCAAAGAGAUGGGAGACAUAUUGUCAUUCUACUAUGGGAGGUUCUAUGGCUCUGAUAGAUACAAACGAUGGUCUGAUUGCCGGAAAGUGAAGAGAAGAAAAUGUGUCUCUGGUGACAAACUGUUCACUGGAUGGCGGCAGCAGGAACUCAUCUCUCGCUUGCAACCUCACAUCUCAGAGAGUUACCAGAAGACUUUUCAAGAGAUUUCUGAGGUUAUGGCCGAGGGGAAAAUCCCACUAGAAGACUAUGCAUCCAUAUUAAAGGCUGCAGUUGGCAUUCACGUUCUAGUGGAAGCGAUUGGCAUCGGUAAAGGGAAGGAAGAUCUCACAAACCCUGGAAUGGAGUCCAUGAAAACGAACCCUGCCACCACCAAGUCUUGCUCAUCCCUCACCCCAAGCGAUAUAGUAACCCUCUUGACUGGAGGCUUCCGUUUGAGCAAAGCUCGUUGCACUGAUAUCUUCUGGGAGGCUGUUUGGCCUCGGCUUCUUGCAAAAGGGUGGCACUCUGAGCAGCCAAACAACCUGAAUUACCUUGAUGCCAAAACCAAUUUAGUGUUUCUAGUCCCGGGUGUCAAAAAGUACUCGAGAAGGGAUCUUGUGAAGGGCUUCCACUAUUUUGACUCUGUUGCAGAUGUGUUGAGCAGAGUGGCUUCUGAACCGGAGCUGCUUGAACUUCAAGGAGCUGAUGAGGAAAAUAAGGAUGAUUCGGUUGUACCUCAGUCCCGUAAUUACCUCAAGCCUCGAGUCUCUAAUGGCAAUGCUAAGUCCAUGAAGUUCACUGUCGUCGACUCGAGCUCGGUCAGUGGUGAAAGAGGAGGACUAGUGAAGGUGAAGAGGAUGAGGUAUUUGCCUCGUGAUUUGGUGGUUACAUCUAUGGUUACGAGGAUUUCAGGUAUGAAGGGAAGCCUGUCGAUUGAAGAUUCUAAGGAGGAAGAGGAUGGGGAUGAGGAGAAGCAGAACCUGAAAGAUUAUGAUACCAUGAAGAUGGUUGAUGAAACCAAGACAAAAGUUGUUCCAAACACUGAUAAGGUUGCAACCAGUGCUAAGUUCACCAUCGUUGAUACGAGUAGAGGCAAAUCAUCAUCCAACAAGAUAUUCGAGCUCAGGCAUUUACCAUCGGGAGACAGAGUUACUUGCCGAUGGAUCAAACUUUCAGACGAGAAUCGAAAAAUAGCUCAUGAUGAUAAAGUGGAUGGUGAUGGUGCAUUGCAUAGGAAAAACAAAAUCCACGAAUCUAAAGAGCUUCCUCCACAGCAAGCCAAACCGAGUUCAAACACUGUGAAGACCUCCUGCAAGGAAGGGAGCAAUGUGUCGAAUGGGAAUCAGUCAACCAAGGAUGCUGCUCCAGUACAGCAGUUCAGCCGAAGACCUAAACCUGGCCAUUCGAACAACUUGGUUCCUCUAGUCAAACGUCGGAGAUUGACUGCAUGCAUCAGCACAGAGAUGAGCCAUGUCACUGGGAAUUGUACUACUGUUAAACUUGGAGCCAAAGAAAAAAAGAUUUGUUCUGGUUUAGAUUCAUCAAAGACAGUGAAGAAAAACACCCUUAAAGUCAUCGUCAGACCUCAACCAAAGCUAUCAUCAUCAUCAUUAGCUGAAGGAUGUGCUGACAAAGAAUGUGGUGGUGGAGGCAAUGUUUCAGACAUGAAGGGUGAUGAGGCAGAAGAAUCUUUACCCGAUUUGAACCUGCAGCCUCAAAGGCAACUGGAUUCUGAACUGGUCGGGAAAACCGAAUCUGUUGCUUCUGAGUCAAGAAACCUCGAUCCUGGUGAAAUGCCGAGUAAUAACCCUGUGAGUGCCAACCCUGAAUCCAGGAGGCAGAGCACUAGGAACCGACCACUGACAACCCGAGCACUAGAGGCUCUCCAAUAUGAGUUCCUUGAUGUGAGGAAGCGGCCGAGGAGCUCACAACAAGAGGGUGGUAGUAGCUCGUCUUCUCGAAGGUCUCGAAGCAAAAAGAUCAAAGUGGCAUCAUCAUCCAAGCUUGUCGUGGUUGCUGAAGAAGAGAAGAUUGAGAAUUCCAGUGGAGGAGGUUCGAGCAUCGAAGAACCAGCAGCUGCCAUGCAUCCUGAAAGCUGUAGUUCGAGAUGAAAUGUUAGUACUUCAUCUUAAGGUGGUAGCUAGUCUUGUAGCUUUUGGGGUUGAGUUGUUAAUUGGGGCUAAAAAAUUGUUAAUCGGAUGUUUAGGAAUUAGGAGUGAUUGCAAGCUGCUGCUAACCCUGUGAAAAAAAGGCGCCAUUGAUUUGGCCGCAGCAAUUGAUAUAUACAUUUUGGAUAGAAAGAUUAGAAAGCAUAGAAGAUAUAUGCCUCAACAUUGCUCGUUUUCUUCCUUCCCAAUACCUUGUUAUUGAAGCAACGAUUAAGACAAGCCAGUGUUUUGUCACAUGAUUAGUGUUUUGUCACAUGAUUAUGG